GAAAGCCGUCAGUAGAAUGGAUACGUGCCCUCUCUCCUCCACCCUUUCUUCUCCUUCUUCUUCUCCUUUGCCUCAUCUCUGCCUUUCUUCACCCUCCUCUGCCAGCGCUGCACCCUGGGCACCCUCAGUGCCUGCCCUCGGGGAAAAGGAGACUCGCCGGGUGGACGGGUGGCUGAAAACUGAACUUCAAUGUCAGCAGGGGACCAGAAGAAUGGUGGUGACAAACCAGAAGAGACAGUGCCAGUGGCGGAGGUAUGGCCAGAGGUGGAGCGGGCCGAGUGUUUGGCCCGCGGUGCUGCCCUGAAGUGGGCGUCGGGUGUUUUCUGUCGACCUGAGCAUCUGGAGCGCCUGAGCCAGUACAGGAAGAGAGAGAGUCAGAGGACCGCCUCCAUACACACCAGACUCAAGUCCAUGGUCCAGUCGUACCUGGAGGGGGUAGGCUGGGGUCUGGAGCAGCUCCGGGAGGCCAGGGCCGAGCUGAAGGAGGUGUCACAUGCUUUGAAGAAAGCAGGGCUGGACUCCACUGGAAACACGGAGGGGGUGAAGUCUCUGGAGAGGCUGAGGGAGGUGUCAGUCAACCACUGUCAGCUCCUCGCUGCCGUCAGCAACCUGCCACGACUUUACUCCGUGCGAAGCAUGGUCUUGGAGACUGAGCGUCUGGUGGAGUCCCGGCGGCUCCUGGAGGCCCACGCCCGGCUGAUGGAUCUGGAGCACUGGCAGGACGACAUCCUCUGGCAGCUCCACGGUGCCGCUGGGACAACAGGAAGUGCACUCAGCACAGAGGACCAGGAGCUGGUGGCCAAGUAUUUCUCCGGUGUCGGGCAACUGGUGGACGCCCUUGGGAAGGAGCUGUGGGCUGUGGUGAGCAGUGCUCUGGCCCUGGCCCGACAAAACCCCACACCAUUUGUGUCGGCGGUGAGAAUAGUAGAGCGGGAGGAGGCCCUGGACCGAGCUUUACUGGAUGAGAGAGGGGGGGCCAGAGGCAACACCAGGCCCCUGCCCCCGGGACGGCCUCGCUGCUGGAGAGCAUGCUUCUUCCAGGUACUAGAGGACGCGGUUUCUGCACGCUUCCGCAGCGUUUCCUACCUGCACACGCGUGGGCCGGGUCUGGCGGGCCACCUCUCUGCUCUCCAGCACGGCAUCAUGGCUGACCUGGCCACUGUACGCCACCUGCUGGAGCACUGUGUACCGUCACACUACCGGCUAACAGGAGCCUACCUGAGGGCCAGCCACCGCUGUUUACACGCUCACCUGGCACAGGUUAGCAGCUGGGACCUGGAGAGUGGUGAAAUCUUUGCUGUGCUCAACUGGGUGCUACACAUCUACAACAGCCCAGACAUGAUGGGGCAUCCGGAGCUGCUGACUGAGAUGGAGAGAGAAGAACUAGGACCUCUCAUCUCCAGCGAGGGCCUGGAGCAGCUGCAGAGCAAAUAUGUGCAGAGUGUUCGGAAGAGUGUAUCAGAGUGGAUGCACAAAGCUCUACAGGUGGAGCUGCAAGACUGGCAGAGAGACCAGGAGCCAGAUACAGACCACGAAGGUUUCUACCAGACCAGCCUGCCCACUAUCAUCACACAGAUGCUGGAGGAGAAUGCCCGGGUGGCUCUGAUGAUUGGAGAAUCCCUUCGAGAUCAGACGAUACAGAUGGGACUGUAUGAGAUGGAGAACCUCCUUAACAGGUUUCGAGAAGCUCUGGUGGAAUUUGGGAAGGAGCGUCGCCGGGAUCCGAGCAACAACAAAAACAAAUUCUACCUCCACUAUCUGCUGGCCUCCAUCAGCAACUGCAUCAUCCUCAAAAAGUCCACAGAGAGCCUGCAGCAGCAGCAGUCGUCCCGGUCAGCGGGGCAGUUCUCUCGGACUCCUCCCAACCCUCUGGCAGCUCUGGACCGGGCGGUGAGACGGGCGUGUCGCCUGGUUAUGGAUCAGCUCCUGCUGGACCUUCAGCCUAUCCUCCCAGGCCUGCUGACCCGACCCUGGCUGGUCCAGGGACACCCCACCCCGAAGCUCUGCAGCGUCCUGGAGCGUCACCUGGAGCUGUACGGCCGGGUUCGACCACCCUGCCGACAGCGUCUGCAGGAGGAGGCCCAGUGGCUGAUGGUGGUGGAGUAUGUCCGGGCCCUAAUGCAGAAGAGGCUGGUGUGUCGCAGCGCAGAGGACAGAAGGCAGCUCAGCCAGCAGAUGGUUCAGGACGACCAGCAGUUUAGAGAAAUCUUCCACGGCCUGGAGGGUGAGGGGUCAGUACCUGAGGUAAAUCCCUUGGCUUUACUUCCCGUCCUGGCUGACUUUAUCCGGCUGAAAGACCCUGGCAUGCUCACUCUGGAAGUUUCUGGACUUGCAGCCAAAUACCCUGACAUCAGUGAAGAGCAUGUGUCUGUACUGCUGGACAUUCGUGGCGAUGUGUCCAGGGACAUCAGAGGGGCUGUACUGGACUUGCUGGAGCAGAGCGCCCCCCCUCUGCCUGUAGGAUACCGGCCCAUCUUCACUGAUAUCCUGGUGCCUCCCUCCACCAUGGCCUUCUGUCUGCCCACUGCCAAGUGUGCCUGACAGGGACUGAAACUGCAUCUUCAGCUCAGAUUUUAACAUUUUAAACAGGAAAAAGUGCAGGACCAAACAAAAGGACGCUGGUGAAUCUGUUCCUACUGAGUUUCAAGUUAUGUUGUUGGAGGGACAACCUGUGUUCAAAUCUGCCACUCAUCAUUUAUCUGGGGAGCAACAACUGAGCUCUUUGAUUUUUCCUCGGUGCCAUCUCGCUUCACACGCACAUCAUUCAUACUGGAAGCACCAGUGCCACCAUCGCCAUCUUUUGUUGCCCACAGAAGGAGGCUAAAGGUCUGAUCUAUUGAAUGAGGGGGGGGGACUGAUGCAUUUUCAUUUCCUUCACCUACAAAUUUUUCCAGAGAUUUGAGCUGGUGACUUGCUGGUCCAGGUCUAACUUCAGCGGAACCUCGUUAGUCUGGUAAAAUCCUGAAUCUAUGAGCCACUGUGGCUAAAUUGGUGAUGAAUGGUAAAACAGUAACUUCUAACCCGUCACAGCUUGUUGUCAUGUGUCUCAGUGAUUUAUGCACACAGUCCUCUCUCUGUUCCAGCUUUGCUGGUGCAGGACGCUAUCAAAUGGACAUUGCAGCUUUAAAGGAUUAGUUCACUGUUCAUUAAUAACAGAUUACAUUGACACUGCUUUCGACUUAACAAAUGCUUUGAACACCAUCAGCUAAAUUUCUUUCACCUUCACUGUAUUUGGGUGGCAGCAGGCAUUUUAGAGGCAGAUAUCUAUAAACCUCAGUGCACAAAACCAAAAGGAUUUGCAUGGCUACAUAUCACUACUGAAAAGUUUGGGGUUUUUUAAUGACUUGGUGAACCAACAGUUUUAGUAACAUCCAUCACAUAACACAAUGUCACCUAUUGGAGAUCAAUAAUUGGGAACUUGAGACACCUUUCUGAAUCCUGACCAGUAAAAACACGACCAGACAACCACAGAGCAGCUGUGAGAUAUUCAAGAACUACUCUACUAUAUACCUUAUUUCUGAACGUAUUGAACUGCAAGGCCUUUGCUUUGCUCCUUUGAUUGUUCCUGCUGGAGAAAUAAACUAUGGGAUUUUGAAUUGGCCAAUCAAUAAGUAGAUGUGGUUCAAUGGUUAAUGUUUCAAAAUGAAAUCAUAUAAUGGUCUCAACGUGAGGAACUAAAGGAUGGAAUCCAUGAAGCAUCUGAAUGUUUUUUUAAACAGAUGAAAGCAGAUUUAUUAGCUGCAGUAUACGGUAUAUGGCUUUCAGAAUAUAAACACAGUCUUAUUAAAACAUCAUCACAUUACAGUUUGGACUAAACAUGGUUUUCAGUGAGGGCUCCAUCUACCUGAGGAACUGAGGCUGCUAAUCCAUUCCUUUAAAAUCACCUUUAAAAUCACUUCGUCGUUAACUUGUCUUCACAUAUUUGUUAUUUUCUCCAAUUUAUCAUGUAUUGCUGUUGAUAUUGGGUGUUUUUUAAUGUAUUUAUUGUAUUUAUGUAUGAAUAUUCAGUUUCCUUUGGCACAGUGUUUCCUGUUAUUUCAAAGGAUAGUUCCCUUGUUCUGGCUCAAUGCCAACCUCUAAAGCACAGUGUAAACUCUGUCACAUAAAUGCUUAAAUA